AUGGUUUACGUUGGGCCUAUCGUUUAUAGCUUCAAGCCAAACACCAAAUGUGCGGUCACUGUCACCUGCAGAGGCGGCGGCACAGGCAUUCCAUUGGAAACCAUCGCCAUCCCGGUAUCUCUGACCACACUCAUCCUAGUCAUCGCUUUCCUCGCGGUGGUCUGCGCGCGCAGGUUCAAGAACCGAGUUGCGCAGACGGAGACCUACACCAUCCAGCGGAAAGUCUGCUACGAGGCCGACUCGGACUCUGAGAACGAGAGCGGAAUGAGCUACGGGAAGGACGGCGCGGGGAGUCCGGGAGCCCCGGGUAGCCCCAUCACCUCCCCGCUCAAAGUGCUGCCCCGCCAGGCGACGGUGCCGCUGCUACCGCAGAGGGUACGGCAGGAGGCGUUCAAGCGACAACGCCAGCUCUCCCUGCAGCUCAACCUCGCCAACAUCGAGUUUUCCGUCAAGAACGUCCACCGGAAAGAACAGCCACAGCUGGGUGCACUGAGGCCCGAGCUGUACCGUGACAGCUCCCAGGAUCGGGGUGGUAAGGACUCGGACAGGUGCGGUAAACUCUAUUUCUCGCUCCAGUACGACCACCCUACGGAGUCUCUGCACGUCCACAUCGACCGGGCUUCUGGUUUGCCCGCUAAAGACUUCUCGGGAACUUCCGACCCCUAUGUUAAAAUCCACCUGUACCCAGCGGACCGAAAGAAGAAGUACCAAACGAAGGUGCACCGGAAGAAUUGCGACCCGUACUUUGACGAGAAGUUCACCUUCAACGUGCCCUACAACGACCUGCCAGACAAGACGCUGAAAUUCACCGUUUAUGAUUUCGAUCGGUUUUCGCGGCAUGAUCUGAUCGGUGAGGUGACGAUCACGAACUUAUUGGGUCAUGACCGAGACCUCGUCAAAGGAGAGCGCUUCGAGGAAGAUGUCAUCAAAUGUUCAGCACAGGAGAAAGCGGACCUUGGAGAAGUGAUGUUCUCGCUAUGUUACCUACCGACCGCCUGCAGGCUAACACUUACUGUCAUCAAGGCAAGGAACCUGAAGGCAAUGGAUAUCACGGGAGCUUCAGAUCCGUACGUGAAGGUAUCGAUGGUGAGCCAAGGCAAGCGGGUCAAAAAGAAGAAGACAACGGUUAAGAAGAACACCCUAAACCCCGUCUACAACGAGGCGAUGGUAUUCGACGUCAUGCCGGAGAGCAUGGACAGCAUCCUGUUUGUCGUAGCCGUGGUUGAUUAUGACUGGGUGGGUCACAGCGAGCUGAUCGGCGUGUGUGAGGUCGGACCCAACUCAUUCGGCCAGGGUAAAGAGCAUUGGGAGGAGAUGUUGGCAUCGCCACGCAAGCAGAUCGCUCACUGGUACCAGCUACAGGAGUCUUCGCCUUCCUUGAGCGCGGCGUCGGUGACUUCCUCCAUGAAGGGAUGCAUGACACCACAGCAGUCCGUCGAGUGAAGGUACCCCGAGUCCUGCCCCGGGGAGGUCCUGUAACCCCCGGAAUCAUUAUAGUUCCAUCCAUGUACAGCGGGUACCAGGUGAUGAGGAACAUCCAUUUGGUACCUUGCUUUAGGUAGAGCUUCUCUCCAAUGAGGUGACGUUGGUUCCGGUAAUUGGAGAGGAACAUGAGAGUCGUUUUGUGCUUCGUGAUGAUGGUUAGCCAAUGGGAAAGCUCUUCCAAAAGUCCCAAAACGAGUCCAGGAGUGAUUGGAAUGUAGUAGUCCAUCGCGACUUGAAGAAUUUGCGAGUUUUGUACUCAUUGCACACGUACUGCACCUUAACAGUGAUUCUGCACGUAAUUUGGUGUCUACUUUAUCAACUCGAUUGGUUCAUUUCUUGCCUUUGAACGCACACAUUGAGAAACUGUGCGAGCUUUAUUUUAAAACAAUACCGAAUGCGUAUAGGAAUGUACAUAACUUAAGCGCAGGGUUAUAAACAUGAUUAAUUUGUGUUACCAAAGUACAAAUCACAAAGAACAUAACCCGAGCUGUGUCUUUUAAAUCCAGUUUUUGUCAGCAACGUUGCCUUUUGUCAUUAUGCGUAAAGAACAUCUAACGUUCAUGUAAAACAAAUAUUUUUUUUUGCAAAGGCUUUUAACAAGAUUCUUUAUGACUUAAAGAAACAAGUUAUCUUUUGAAAUUGUAGCUUAAAAAGGCUUCUCUUUGUCCCCAGUCAAAUAACCAGUAUUGACGCAUAUUGUGUAUAUAGGGACCUACUCCUACCCAUAUAUCAUGACUCAGUAACAGAAACGUUCUUAAAUCAAUGGAGGACAGCCGUGUAUCUACCAUCGACCAAAUCUUAGCUUUUAUUAUAUUAGUCGAAGGAAUUUGUAAGAUAGCCCAUACGAUUUAAUAUCCAAAAAGUUUAAUUUGUACUACUUAGCGUAUAAACUAUAGUUUUUUCAUAGAGUUGGGCACACAGCAAAAUCAUCUGGAUGGAGUAAGCGUAAUUUCUGCACAAUGUACAGAUAGUUAUGUACGCGUGUGAUGGUGCUACGUGAUUUGUGAAUAGUGAUUACUUAAUACUUUUUUUAAUCAGGUCAAACUGGUACCAUAAAUGGAAUGCCUUCUUUCAUGUAAAUAGGCUGGUUUUUCAUGUUCAUGAUUUAAACAAACGCAUGUUGUUAUUCAGAACAAACAUGGAGGAACACACUGCAGUUGCAAGGAAGCAAUUAGAUAGAUGGGCCUGGUCAAACGAGACCUGCAUGAAAGCCGAGAAGGGCCUCUGGCCUAUAAUCCACAAUUUUUGAUCUAAGAGACUCGAUGCAUAAUUAAUCGCAUCCUCGGCGGAAAGGCAUUAAAUAUGAAUGGAAGGGAUACGGUAUGGAAUCUAAGAUGGACUUUAAGGUUAUUAUUGAGCUUAUUCUCAGGAAAUUAUUAAUAUUUCCGGUUACGUCAAGGGUAAUAAUUGAAUUCACAUGAUUACGGAAACUCGACACUAAGUAGGAUGACAACUGCAUCCAAAACCGUUAUCAAAGACCCAAAUGUUAAGUUAAAAAAAAUAAACAAACAAACGAACAUCAAAAUACAUUCCAGAAUGAAAGAAAAGACAACAAUAGAAGAAAAGACGUUCAACGACGUUUAGAGUACAAAUAUUAGAAGAGAGCUGGAAUAUUAACUCAGUGCAGGUUUGCCAUUUUGGUCAUUGCAACUAAAAGAAAUGCACUAAUUUCUUCUCACCAACUGUUCCAACCUAUCUGUUCAGAUGGAUACCAGAUCGUUAUCGUAGUGGGUUUCUUAAAACAGGGUCACACUGUCUGACCUUUUUGAUAUCUUAAAUCUUAACAGCUAACGACACUGGAGUUCAAGUAAACAUAAUCACAAGUCAAACGUUAUCUUCAAUUUACGCCAAUGUCCACCGUGGAGUUACACGAUUAGCAUAUUGGGUAUAGGUUCGCAGAUGUAUUUGUAGUGUUACAAAUGGCUUUCAUUUCCCUAAUGAAGUCCAGAAUCCUCCGAUACUCAUCAGUUUAUGAGGGCCGAUGAUGUUAUCUUCUUGGCAGCUUCUUGUCUUCAUAACAGUCUCCGUUGCAACAAGACCAAAUCAAACCAGUUCAAAUCGUUAAGAAGUCUUGCAUCAGGUACAUAUUUAAAACAAAAAUGAAAUGUAAGUUCUCAGAUUUGUUAUCUGUUCAUAUGGAUACCAGAUCGUUAUCGUAGUGGGUUUCUUAAAACGGGGUCACACUGUCUGACCUUUUUGAUAUCACAAGUCAAACGUUAUCUUCAAUUUACGCCAAUGUCCACUGUGGACAUUUCCCUAAUGAAGUCCAGAAUCCUCCGAUACUCAUCAGUUUAUGAGGGCCGGUGAUGUUAUCUUCUUUUGGCAGCUUCUUGUCUUCAUAACAGUCUUCGUUGCAACAAGACCAAAUCAAACCAGUUCAAAUCUUUAAGAAAUCUUGCAUCAUGUACAUAUUUAAAACAAAAAUGAAAUGUAAGUUCUCAGAUUUGUUUCUCAGAAAAUAACCCACCUUGUAAGUGUACAAGUUUCCAGCAAGACCAAGUUGAAUGUAAAAAGUCAAAAAUCUAAAAUAUUAUAUUAUAUUGUAAAUAACCAAAGUAUUCUUUGUCGAAAGACAAUGCACUGUAUAAAUUGUACAAGCUACUGCAUCCGAGUACUCAGAAUUUUUAAAUACACCACGUAAGAGAUGAUAUAAUAUGUAAUUAAUGUGUCUUUAAUAAUAGUUUAUACCAAUGUAUUUGUACAUCUAUUAUUUUAACAAAUAAUAUAAAUUGUUAUCAAAUGUGUAUUGAAGAAACACAAAUGUCAUUAUGCCUUUUGCUUUAAAAAGGGUAAUAGUUGUAAUUGGCCAAUCAGCUGGAGUCUAUGAAAAAGUUAAAGCCAGGCAUUCGGUAAUAUCCACUAAAAUAGAGGAAGGAUAUCAGUCUUUAAGACAGUAUACACCAUAGGCUAUUGCAAAUUGUGCACAUAGGGGGUGCGGUCAGGGUCAAUUAUGAAAAAUUCAAAAUGGAAACAGCCAAUUAAAAAGGGCUUUUAGUUCGUGCACCUUCUUCCAUCUAUGUUGACAUUUUCAACACCGCUGUUGUACUUUCAAGUUCUUAAUGACCACUUAGUAUAUGAAACAAAUAAAUCAGUCUUCAUGCAGGACUGUGUUAUUCACAUGCAUUUUUUUUUUUUUUAAUCCAUGAAAAUUGUACAUUAGAACUUUUAUAGAGUGAACUCAGUAUGAAAUGGGAAUAUUCUCCUCAUUUUUCCCUGUGUACUCCAAAAAUCUCGUGGUGAAAAAGAACAAGAAAAUGUAUUUCAUUUUGUUUUACAAUAAUGAGAGGCAAAAUCUGAAUUUAACACAAACACCAAAGAUCAUAAACACUUAUUAUUUACAUAUAAGAUUUACAACAGAGUUUUGGAAAGGGGAAGUUGCAUAGAGUUUAAAAUGUAUACUGGCUUACGGUAUUAAUAUCAAAGAGGGUUUUUCGAAUCUUCGGCUUCGUCUGCAGCUUCGCCUCCGGGAGAUUUAAGGCCCCUGACUUUGAGGAAUCAAUUUGGGGUUUUUUGCUCCAGGAUCAUCAAAUUCCAUUAUAAAGCCACGGUUUUCCGAGUUUCCAAUGGGUUCACUUUGGCUUUCAAAUUUAACAUUUAAUUCUGAAAUAGUGAAAGCUCAAUUUUAAUAGAGAUACCUCUAUUUCCAGACGUGCCAAAGUUAACAUUUUGUCCCAAAAUAUAGAUAUCUCCAUUUCUAAUCGAGAUAUCUCCAUUUCUAAUUGAGAGAUCUAUAUUUUCGGGAUUAAAUAGUAUUAACUUUGCUCGUCUGGAGAUAGAUAUGUCUCUAUUAAAACAGAGAUGUUUCUAUUUCAGGGUUAAAUGUUAAAUUUGCACGCCAUAGUUCCGACAAGAAACCUUUAUGUUUCUGACGAAGCGUGCACAGUAUAGCUGAAGCCGGAGACAAGACAAUUUUCGAAAUACCCAUCUUUUACAAAAUGGAGAGGAAAAGAGUGAAGUACAUGUAUAAAGAUUGAAGACUUCAACUGUUCUGACCUUCAGACGUGAGAAAUAAGGGUCAAACAUGAACAGUGUUGUGUGUAAUUACUGAAUUAUAUUAAACGAUUAUAAAUAUUAGAGUAUAAGUUGAAUAUGACCACUGAUGUAAUAUUUUCUAUCAAAAAAUACCACUGGAUGUUGUAAUAAGAAUGCGAGAAUAAAUUGCUAAUAUAAUGUA